AUGGAUGUGGCCUGGUCGCUCUAUGAGAGAAUGGUCUCAUGUGGUCAUGUUCCGGAUGUUACUGUGUUUGAUUCUUUGCUAACAGGCUAUGGUUUAAAGGAAGAGAUGGAUAAAAUUAUUUCUUUGCUUCACCAAAUGGUGGAUAAGGAUGUUAAGCAUGAUAUCAUGGGUAUUCAAAAACAAGAAAAGAACUUCCAAAAUGCAUUUGUUGUCUUGGCUGCAAGUUUGGGAGAAAUCAUGGAGGAUUCCACCCCUGCUGGCCAUCGCAACGAAAGAAAAAGAAGCGGUGACAGCAAUGCUUUCGCCAAAUUUCUUCCUUUUUCUCCAUCAUUAGAACACGACCCUGAAUCACAGGAGGCUAAAUUUGGCGGUCACCAUAACCACAAGAGACUCAAACCAAAUUCUCAAGCUCCUUUGUUGGAAACCACCACCAUGAACUUAACCCCAUCGUCUCAUCUUCCAAAACAAAACAUUGACACAAAGGAAACACUGGACUUUUCCUCUCCAUCAACUUCUAUUAAGCAUUCAGCCGGUAGUGGACCAUCACCACAAUCCAUUGGUAGCAAGUCAUCACUCAUUGAGUACGUGGAAAAUGAUGGGAAAAUUGGCAUAACAACCUCUGAUAAUAUCGUAUACCACCACUCCAUCAUUAAUUUGUGUUUGCAUUGUGCAAGCUGUAAUUGGAAAGAAUACCAGAAUCAGAGUGAACUAGAAUCAGUGAUGGCUAUGGCAGCUGAGGAACUAUCAAGGAGGCCCAGAACCGGGGGCAUAUACAAAGCAAUUGCGUGUCAACGCGAGUGCACUGUGAAACGUUUAAAAGAUUUGUCAAACAAAGAGCCUACGAUAGAUGUUGGACUUGAGAUGGCUGAUGCAACACAUCUUUUGAAGUUCAUGAGCUUCUCAAGCAGUAAGAUCGAGAUGGCAGGGCAAAAGGGUCACAAAGGAGCUAUGUUGUUGUUUCAAGCAGAGAUCCUUCGCAAGAAGGGACAGGAACUCAUUGCUGAGUGCCAGAACUUGCUCCAAGAUGCAUUGUGA